AGUUUCCUUAAAAUGUGCCUAAAUGUUUAAUUCCACUUACUCUGUGCACGGAAUUGUCUGGCAGUACUGAAGUAUUGGUUUAAGGGAAAUCCCACCGAAAAAAUCGAACAAAUUAAAUGAAAGACUGCUCAAUUAACAUAUUGUAAACACAUAAGACCCAAGAUAUGGCAGAUACUAUAAACCAAGCUAAGUUGACGAUUUCUUGUAUAGCUCAGGCAAUAACCAGCACACAGCAGCUUCGUUCAACCGUGACCAACGUCUUUAAUCUUCUGUGUGAAGGAGUGAAACCUGAUGAAGAUCAUGAUGGAAGAGCUGAAGAGACAGAAACAUCCGCUGGAAGUUUGCUAGGAAGAGACAGAAAGAAGUUUUUACAGAAGUUUCAGGAGCAUUUGCAAGCUGUGAAUAAAGACUACAAUGAAGUGGAGAAAUACUGCAACAGCAUGAUACCAACACCUGAACUACAAGUGCUUGGACCUCUGAGUCAUCUUAGUCUUGACUCGAACACAGACAAGAAAAACACGUUUCGUGACGCAGUACAGACGUAUGAAUGGAACCAAAGGAUGCACGAGUAUGCUCAGAUUGCAUCCAGUAUCCUAUUGUCGCAUCAGCUUAAACGAUCACAGUCUUCCGGAGGAGCAAUCCUGGCAAAAAGAAGAAGAGCUCUUCCCCCAAAGUUUCAGAACAUGAGCAGCCAACAUGUAGAAAACACUCUUCAGUUGCUUGCACGACAGCCUGCAGAUUUGACUUUCAAACUGAUUAAAACUCUUGGUGAUACAAGAAUUCUUCAAGUCACUGUGGGAAGAGUGUUCACAGUUAUUCUAAUGCUGCGGAACCUGUUAAUGGAAAAAGUUCUUGUGAAAGGCCUCGAUGAGGAAUUGUAUUACGAGAAUGGAACCAUUGACUUAUUUAGUGAAUCACAGUUUGAAUGUAUGCGGCGUAUUACAGACCAUGCUAUGACUGCUGUUCUACAGUAUAGCACAACCCAUGCCACACAACCAGAAAUUCCAUUGAAGUAUUUCCUGUUGUGGUUACAGAGCUACAAGAAUCUAUUCAUUGACCCAUGUAGUAUAUGUGGGAAGCAUUUAGAUGGUGGAUUACCUCCCGUGUGGAGGGAUUUCAGGAACCCAGUUGCUUGUCAUGACACCUGUCGGCCAUAAGAAUUAUUUUUUUGAUUUUAUGUCAAAUUUGAGAUUCAUGGACUGCCCCAGUGGUGUUAUGGGCAAAAAAUUUACCUGUUUCAAUAAAUUAGUGUGUAUUUUGAUGGCGAGAAAAUACAAUUAUUUCAUGAUUUGAAACACUA